UAUAACAAAUUGUUUAUAUUUUUCAGGUUGCAAUCCUGACUCUUGUUGCCAUUAGCAUCAAUGGCUGUUUCGGUGUACCUGUGAUCCGAAACUGCUCCGUUGUGGAUCUUGCCGCUGACAUUCAAGCAACCACGUGCGGCUCCAAGACGGAAACGAGGUACACCAACGGAACCCUGAUUGACAUACAGUAUUUUGCGAACGAGACCAUGUCGGUGAUGCAACUUGGAAACGACACAUCCUCGUGCUACAUUCAACGUUCGGUCGCCUUACCAGAUGGAAUUGACUACGUGGAGGCAUCUGAGACAGAUGUCAGAGAAGAGGCCAAUGGGGAAGUAUCUGCCGCCAUCGUCGCUCUGGUCCCCGAGUGUGCAGGUCGCUCAAUCUAUGAGCUGCAGCCGGAAGCAAGUAAAACAGCCGCAGGUAGAAAGAAGAGAUGGUGCGGCUACUUUUACCGUUGCUUUCGCUUCAGAUUCCGAUAUAGAUGGUAUUACAGAUACUUCAUAUAUUGUAAACGUUACUAUGUCUGCUGAAGAUUCAAAUUAAUGACACAUGUCAGGCCAAACUCAAAGCUUCCAUAAUAAUCUGUGAAUUUUCAAGUCUUCCUCUUGUGUAAAUCAGUUGUAAUUUGUUUUUUAUCUAUAUUGAAAUUGCUUCUUAUCAUGGCCAAAGAUGAAGAGAUGGAAUGUUUUGCAUUUGUGAGAACCGGCGUUAAACGGAAAUAAAGACGGAAACUGGAAA